AGACUAGGUGGAGUAAAUCUGAGCUGGUGGGGUGAGCAGCGCAAGGCUGAGGAAAGAUGCAUGAAAACAGACCACAGAUGGGCGAGAUAAACAGGAUCCCUGGGCUGUGACUGAGGAGGCAGGUCUCUUUAAUGGCUCUUAGCAACGCCCCUGCUCUGACCCUCCUCAUAUGUGAGGAAAAUCAAAUCAAUACACUGUUCUUCAAACCACGAUGCUGCAGCAGCAGCAGGGCAUUGUGGCAGCCUUCAUCUCUUAAAUCCAUCUUCGCUUUUCAGUGUGCUGAUCUCUGGAUAUCCAUUCUUGCAUCUCUGCUGAGGAAGACUCUGACUGCAUCUUUAAUCGGAUUGCUUGAACUCCCAUGCACAACCUCCUUCUUAUUAGCAAGUAUUAGAGAUGGCUAACAGAGGACCAAGCUAUGGCUUAAGCCGAGAAGUUCAGGAAAAGAUUGAACAGAAAUACGACCCAGAAUUAGAGUCUAGGCUGGUGAACUGGAUUAUUGUACAGUGUGGAGAACAGAUAGAACACCCUCCUCCUGGAAGGCAACAUUUUCAGACCUGGUUGAUGGAUGGAACGCUGUUAUGCAAGUUAAUAAACAGUUUGCAUCCAAAGGGAAAUGAGCCUAUUGCAAAGAUCUCUGAAUCAAAAAUGGCUUUCAAGCAGAUGGAACAAAUUUCUCAGUUCUUAAAAGCUGCUGAAAUCUAUGGAGUAAGAACAACAGAUAUUUUCCAGACAGUGGAUUUAUGGGAAGGGAAGGACAUGGCAGCAGUGCAGAGAACCUUAAUGGCUUUGGGCAGUUUGGCAGUCACCAAGGAUGACGGCUGCUACAAAGGAGAUCCAUCCUGGUUCCACAGGAAAGCACAGCAGAAUCGACGAGGAUUUUCAGAAGAGCAGCUUCGGCAGGGACAGAACGUAAUAGGCCUUCAGAUGGGCAGCAACAAAGGAGCGUCACAGUCGGGUAUGACAGGCUAUGGGAUGCCAAGGCAGAUUAUCUAAAAGCAUCUCUGUCUGUGGAGAAAACACUCUUUCUGCAGCAUGGUCUGUUAAGGGAAAAAAAAAAAAAAAAAAAGAAAAAGAAAAAAAAUGCUUAUUAGUUCCCUUUCUGCCUGGUUUUUAAUAGUUAGUGCUCUCUAAGGUUUGGGGCAUUUUUGGUUUGGUUUGUUUUCUUUGCAGCUGCAAGAGUUCGCCUAGGAACUUGGGUUUUUGUGGUGGUGUGUGUCAGUUCACAGCACGUGCGCACUGCUGCCUCCUACUUUUCACUUCUGAACUAUGCAAAGACAAUUAUUCUGUAUUAAUUUAUUUGCAAAGUGUUAUCUUCCAUAUUUGUCUCACACUGCACUUGUAUUUCAACCAGUAACCUCGUUCUUCAAUUCAGUGAUGAUAUUGUUUGACUGAAGAAUAAAGACAAAUAAAGACA